AUGUCUCUGAUAACCGCUACAUCAUGGGUGCCGCGCGGGUUUGCGGCACCAUUUCCUACCAAAUACACAUUCGAUGAGGAGGAGUUCAAGCGCAUCGCAGAGCUGGCAAAGCUCCAACUCGACGACGCCAACGAGGAACUGGACGAGGCACGCAAUAAUGCGACCGAAAAUAAUGAUGCAGAUAAGAUGGAAGAAGACGGCUCAGAUGAUGAUCUUCCAGCCAAAGGUUUAAAAUCAAAAGCCGAGGAAGACGAUGAUCUCGCGGAAUAUGAUUUGGAGCACUACGACGACGACGUUGCAGAGGAUCAAGAAGGCGAGGGUAUCGGUAUGGGAAUGUUUGGAAAUGUCAAGUCACUCGCGUACCACGCUUCAAAUGAGGACGAUCCAUAUAUUACCAUGAAGGAGAACGAGGAGGAAGACGAGGAGCGAGAGGAGCUCCAAAUCCUGGCCACGGACAACAUGCUCCUGGCUGCAAAGGUGGAAGACGAGGUUGCACACCUGGAGGUCUAUGUUUACGAGGACGAAGCAGACAACCUUUAUGUACACCACGAUAUUAUGCUGCCCGCCAUACCGUUGUGUGUGGAGUGGUUGGACUUACCCGUGGGCAAGUCGAACGUGGAGAAAGAUGCGAGAGCAAAUUUCGUGGCUGUUGGAACCUUCGAUCCAGACAUCGAGAUAUGGGACUUGGACACAAUUGACUGCAUGUACCCUAAUGCUAUUCUUGGACAAGGUGGGGAAGAUGAGGACCCCAAGAAGAAAAAGAAGAAGAAGAAGAAGUCCAAGAAGGCCAACGACGAUUACCAUGUGGAUGCAGUUCUGUCUCUCGCUGCCAACCGACAUCAUCGAAAUCUCCUGGCCUCCUCAUCAGCAGACAAGACAGUGAAGUUAUGGGAUUUGAACACAACGAAGUGUGCCAAAUCCUACUCUUACCAUACCGACAAAGUCUGCUCACUGGCAUGGCAUCCAAAAGAGUCAACUGUUCUCCUGAGCGGUAGUUAUGAUAGAACGGUCGUGGCUGCGGAUAUGAGGGCACCUGAUGCCAAAGCCCCAAGGUGGGGUGUUGAGAGCGAUGUAGAAAACGUGCGAUGGGAUCCUCAUGAUCCUAACUUCUUCUACAUCUCAACCGAGAAGGGUAUUAUUCAUUACCACGACGUGCGAAAUGCACCUUCAGACCCAGCUUCUAGCAAGCCGGUCUGGUUACUGCAGGCACAUGAUGAAUCUGUAUCGUCUUUCGACAUUAAUCCUGUCAUUCCUGGGUUCAUGGCGACUGGCUCCACCGACAGGCAGGUCAAGCUUUGGAACAUACAGCCAUCCGGCCCGACCAUGGUUGUCUCGCGCAACCUGGAAGUCGGGAAGGUGUUCUCCACUGUCUUCGCACCGGAUGAGGAAGUGGGUUUCCGGCUAGCGGUAGCAGGUAGCAAAGGCGUUGUGCAGGUCUGGGAUACAAGCACCAAUCCCGCCGUAAGACGAGCAUUUGCCAGCCGGGUUGCACCUGUAGAAGGCGAGAUCAAGGAAAGAUUAGUCAGGGUGGAGAGUGAUAGUAGUGAUUCAGAAGAUGAGGGCGUGCCUGAACCAGAAGAAGCAAAGGGCGGCGACGGUUGGGAAUCUAUGGAGGAGGACUGA